GAGAGAGAGAGAGAGAGAGAGAGUUCUGUUGUGAUGGCACCGUUCUAUGAAACAGCAUCAAAGACCGAAACAAGAAGCAUGAAAUAGAAUUAGGCGAAGUAAUAUCAUUGCGACUGGAACAAUCCUAUUUCAUAAGGAGUUGAGUUGAAGGAUGGUGCAGAGAUAGAAAGGCAGAUAGAGAUGAAGAGUGAGAGAUAGAAAGGCAGAUAGAGAUGAAGAGUGAGAGAAAGAAACAGUGAGAGAGAAGUAGUAGGGGAUUUAAAACCACGGGAGAGAGAGACAAAUUGGGAGUGAAAAUAUAGAUUGGAGGAGAAAAAGACAGAGGGGAAUAGUGAAAGAAAGAGAAAGUGAGACACGCAGGAUUUACAAAUAUUUCCAGUUUUUAAUAUGAAUAUGAUGAAUAAUGACACAUAAAACUGUGACAAACCUUCAGACUGUGAAACAGACCCAUGGUGGAGGCUUUCUCGUCAGGAAGGUGAUUGGAGGAAGUAUAUCAUCAUGUGAUCCUUUCAUCAUGUUGGACCACAUAGGUCCAGUGGAUUAUAAACCUGGUGAAGCUGUUGGUGCUCCUGACCAUCCACAUAGAGGUAUUGAGAUCAUUUCCUACAUCAUUGAUGGAAGUCUGACACAUGAAGAUUCUGCAGGAAACAAAGGUGUUUUGGAGAAAGGCUGGGUUCAAAUGAUGACUGCAGGACAAGGAGUGGUCCAUGCUGAGAUGCCAGCUGAUGAAAUUGUGGAAAAUGGUGGAAGAAUGGAGGGCUUUCAGCUCUGGAUUAAUCUACCAGCUAAAGAAAAGAUGAUUGAUCCUCAGUAUGAAGACAUUCCUCCUGAAAAGAUUCCUGUGAUAACAAUGGAUGGUGGAAGAGCGAGAGCUAAGCUAAUAGCUGGUGAAAUUGAAGGAAAAGCCUCUGUCAAACAGACAAAGAUUCCAACAUUAUUUCUAGAUAUUUUACUGGAACCAGGAGCAACAUUUACAUCUGAAGUUAUUGAAAAUCAUGCUUGUUUUAUUUAUAUUUGGCGUGGAUCUGGUUUUCUUGGAGAAGAUUGUAAACCAGCCAGUAUUGGUCAAGUUGGGCUCCUCAGUACCUCAGGGAAAAAAGUGACAAUCAAAGCUAGUGAAGAUCAAAGUUGUAAUGCACUACUCAUUGCUGGUGAACCAAUCAUGGAACCUGUGGUAGGCUAUGGUCCUUUUGUCAUGAACACAGAAGAAGAAAUACAACAGGCCAUCUUAGAUUACCAAAAUGGUGUGUUAGGUUCUAUUCCAGGAGAAGCUGAACGCAUGCACCAGACUAAACUUGCUCAAGCAUUGCAAAAGAAAAACAACACAUGGGCAGACAGAUAAUAUAAUAUUCUGUCUCAGAUGUCUUGACAUUAUAUCUUUGUCUUUAAUAUUACAAAUCUGCUAAAAACAAGCCCUUUCAAAUUUAAAAAUUGGACCUGUGGAAAUUUACUCUUUAUUUUUUACCAUUUUUGUUACUUACUAUAAUAACAAUAAUAAUAAUAAUAAUAAAGUAAGGUUCUGUUGAUAUCUCUGAAUAGUCAGGAACACAUAGAUACUAUAUAUAUAUAUAUAUAUAUAUAUAUAUUGAAUAAUACUUUGCUCUCUUACUUUUUUUUAAGGUUAAAAGAAGAUUUUUUUCCCAUAAAUGUGCCCAAUUAUUAAAUUCUGAAAAGAAAAGAAACAAGAACAAAAACAAACUAUUUUUAUUAUUUAUAUGGUGACAAGUACGUUAUGUGCCAUAAAAAAAGAUGAUUAUUUUAAUCAUAUUCUUUAAAUGAAUUUCUGUAUAGUUAUACACUCUGGAAUGAUUUUUCCAUUGAAGUUGGACUCUUUAAUCUUCCCUUUCUUUUUAUUACUGUGGGGAAAAUGUAAAUGUCAUAGGCCAAAGAUUGAAUGCAAUGAUGUUUGUUUAUAACUUAUUUUAAGAAUGAUGUUAUUUAAAUUCAUUUUAAAAGAUUCUUUGAUAUAAAAAAUGAGUGAAAGAAUGAUCUCCCUUAGAUACCAACAAUGACAUCAAGCCAUAUACAGCAUUUAUAUGUGUUUACAUACAAAUGUAGAAACAGACAGACCUGGUUAGGGCUUCAUUCAAUAGACUGUACCAGUUAUAAGCUUUAAAAAAGCUGGAAAACUAAUGUGGCUGCUCAACUCUGAACUUCCUGUACAAUACUGUACCAGUAACAAACAAGACUGCAUCAGUCAGCCUGUUCUGAAGCACAUGAUAUCACAAAAAUCAUACUAACCAUGUUUACAUUUAAUUUGAAAGAAGUGAACUUCUUAAUGUAAGAGAGAGAGAGAAAAAAAAAAGCACUAAUCUCUUCUAUCAUUCAUUUCUGUUUUGUGAGAGAAUCAUUACAGGAUUUCAACAGCUAGAAUCACUAAAUCUUCCACCUAUAAAUACAUGUAUUUAUAAUUCUUUUUUGGAAUAGUGGAUCUCAAAGCACAUAAAGCUAUAAACAAUAGUAUGUAAAAAUUAGGUUAAAACCGUUUUACACGGAAAGAGUUCAAUGCUGCCUGUGGGACUCAAACCCAUGUCUUUUGUAAGCAUGACAGGCGUUCUAUUUUAUCAUGUCUUCAGAUAUGGGUUCAAGUCCCUUCAACUUUUUUUUUUUAUCUAAAAGGUUUCUUAACCCAAUUGCUACAACCUAUUAUUUAUAACUUUAUAUAUACUCUGAGGUCCACUGUUCCAAAAAAGAAUUAUUUCACAUUAUCUCGAAAAUUUAUAAAUUCUUAUAACAUCAACAUGUAUUUAUACUUGAUUUGUAGUAUUAAAAAAAAAAAAAAGAAAGAAAUACUUAAAAAAUAAAGAAAAUAUACUCAAUUUUGACUAAAUGUUCUAUAAAUAGAUGAUACAGUCAAAACUUUGAUAUAUCAGCUCUUAAACUAUAACCAUAUGUUAGUAUUCUAAAGUUAUAUAACAAAACUGCUCAGAUAUUUAUACAAAUAAUAAAAUAUUUCUAAACUGUAUUUUUUCUCUCCUCUCCCAAUUUUCUAAUAAUUUCUCCUAUUAUAAAGUGUAACUUAAAUUCGUAUAAUGUUUAGUAAUCGAUUUCUUUAGAUAUUAACUUAUUGCAUAUCGUAUCCCCCUACCAUCAGCCUUUUGUGCUUAAAAUAUUGGAGAUCAUUCUUUCACACAGUUCUCCCAUUGGCUAUAAUAGCUAUGGGUUUAUCCUUUCCUUUUGUGGUGCUAUUUAUUCAUCCAUUUCUUUAGCUAUUAAAACCGUUCUUCAUAUUUCGUUCACUGCCUUACUACUAUGGUUUGCAGUUUUUGCUUGUUGUUUCCGUGCUGUGGUAAUAUAUUUUCCAAUUUUUUACAAUAGCAAAUCUCUUCAGAUAGAAGCGUAAGUUUUGUUUUUAGAAAUGAUACUUGAAAGUAUUUUUUCUUUUUUCAACAUUAAAUCCUUUUUCUGUGGUUGGAUAAUCUAUCAAUUUCUUUUGACAAGACACAAGACCUCAGGUUUUUAAAGAGAGAGAAGUUGGAUAUUGCAACGUUUUUGUAGUGAUGUAUUUCCAAAGAGCAGUAUUGAUGUAAGCAAAGUGUAUUUGUUUCAAAUGAGGAGUGACUCUGAGUCAGAGACCUGGGUUGCUGGCCUCAUUCUUUUAGAAAUUAACCUUUAGCACACUAGGUGCAUCAUGUCACUGUAUGAGUUUUCUCCCCUGUAGCUGCAUGUGCAUUGUGUCAUAUUGAGAGGGGAGAAAACUUGUUCAGUGACACAAUGCACUAACAGCAUGCUAAAGAUUAAAUAAUGUAUCAAAUCUGUUAUAAAUCAAAAACACACAAGCACUAACAUAAAGACACAAAACCAAAAUUGUUUGGAUUGAUCUUAAUGUUUAAUGAAAAAAUAAUUCAUAACAAAUUCUAAAACAUACUUUUCUUUGAAGAGUUAUUAAUUUUGUGUAAAGACAAAAAUGUUUUUUUUUUCUUUAAUGAUCACUCCAUUCUCACAUAUACAUAUAUCUGCAUAUAAAAUUUGAAGUUAAUUUCACCAUUCUCAUUGAAAGGCCAGCAUUCUCUCUUACCAGUUUAUCUUUAGACCAAUUUAAAUAUACUAAAGUUGCUAUUAGUAAUGUAUUUCCAGCCGGAUUAUUUUUUAACAAUCGGAUAUUUAUGCUGCCUUAUUUUUUUUAAGGAACCAUACACAUUCAAUCUACAUAUCUUUGCAAAUGUUGGAGGAAAAUAAAAGAAAGAUAGAAGUGUUAGAUAGUUAUGUGAAGUAUUUGUAAACCAUUCAAAAUCUAACCACUCAAUCAAUAAAAUUUUUUCUAUUGUA